CAAGAAAGGCGGAGAGGAGGGAGUCUCCCAGCCUUUUCUUCCUCAUGGUUAACUAGACAUGUGAUUAGCAUUGCUGUCUGCUACUUAGUUUGCCCUGCAGUCAAGCUGGUCUGCCUUAAGGGGAAACACUGUCUGCAGGCUACUCAGUCAACAGCAAGCCCAGCACCAGGCAGCCAGCCAGCUCACCAGCACCAGUUUCACAGUCAUGCCUGGCACCACUGCAGCCAAGAAGCUUGAUCUUUCCAAGCUCACAGACGAGGAGGCCAAGCAUGUGUGGGAGGUUGUCCUGAGAGAUUUCAACCUGAGGAAGAAGGAGGAGGACAGACUUGGGGAGCUAAAGACAAAGAUCGCGAGAGAAGACAGCAAGAGAGAGCUGUUGGGGAACGAGACCAGUCUGACUGAGUCUCACUGUAUUCGUUGUCUCCAGCCCUUCAAAUUCCUGGUCAACAGCAAGCAUCAGUGUCUGGACUGCCAGCUCUAUAUCUGCAAGUCCUGCAGCCGCUACAACAAGAAGGAGGAUGGCUGGGUGUGUGAUCCCUGUCGCAUGGCCAGGGUCUUUAAGAUUGGCACUUUGGAGUGGUACCAUGAGAACGUCCGCGCCCGCUUCAAGCGCUUUGGCAGUGCCAAGGUGAUGCGAUCACUCUUCAAGAGGUUGAACGGAGAACACAGAUGCUCUCAGAGUGAUCUUGGAGAGCCCCAAGAAUAUGACACACAGAGCAUGCCUGAGGUCCACACAGACGGAUAUGAAGAGCACAGUAUGGAUGCAACAGACUCACACCAAUACAAAGGGAUGAAAAAGACCAAGAGGCGGUUAACUGUUGAUCCCAUUGAUUUCGAACUGGGUGGUGAUGAGUCCAACAAAUCAAGAGGACAAUCAAAUCAGGCCCCUGGUGCCCAUAACAUUGUAGUUAUGGAUGUAGCUGUGAGGGAGUCAAUACAUGCUGAGGCAGAUGUUUCCUCUGUUUUGCACCAGAUUUUGAAGGAGCAACAAAAAGGUCCAGACCUGGAAAUGGCUGCACAGCAAGAUGACCUUGUGUACUUGGAGAACCGGACCGAUCCGUCUCGCUCUGUCUCCCAGCUCAGCUAUUCCUCAUGCGGCAGUGGCAGCGCUGGAGGCCUCCGAUGCAGCAGCUUCCUGCCGGGUCCCGAUGACUCCGAGGAAGAGGACAACCAGCUGUACCAGCAGUACCCGAUCUACCACUCUCAUCCAGGCACCUACAGCCACACUUCUCAGGAGAGCCUGAACUCAGCCAUCCCUCCAGCACAGAUCACUGACAUCAACAGACGCAUGUCCGCUAUUGAGACAUUCUUGGACCAGCUUGAGGAGAGGGUCAGCACAACAUACGACCAGGCUCCUCCAACUCCACACAGCUCCUCUCCUCCUCCUCAGUGGGAAGAAGUGGAUCUAGAAGAGCAGCAGCUCAGACAGAAGCUCCAUGCGAUGACGGACAACAUCAGCGACCAUAGCCUAUCCUCCGAUGAAGACGAGACCAACAGACCAGAGUUCCCCCAAGAGAUUCCAGCGUGGAAGAGCCCACAGGGGGAGCCUAAGCCCUCCAGACUCCCUACCAGACCAACAUCCAUCGUGAACAAUGUGGCCUCCACACUUGGGGAGGAGCUGCCUCAGCAGACUGAUUCUCAGAAGACAAACCAGUUUUCAAAUGAUUUUCCUGAGAGGCAGGAGCUCCCCCUGGAGGAUGGAUCAAAGGCCAGCUUCAAAGGUUCAACAGCGUUACUCAAUGAGCUGGAGGACAUGGUAGCUCAGGCAGCCGCCAAUGUCCAGAACGCCCAGAGUGAGGUCUCUUACAUAGAGAACAGGAUUGCUGCCUUGAAUGCUGCUGGCAUGCCUGUGGAUAAAAGAAGGAAGUCUGCAAUCCCAAUCCAAGCAAGAAGACUUUCCCACAACUUUCCCACAAACCAGGCGGACAGGUUUGUGAGGAACUCCCUCUACAGGGGCUCCCUGACACAGAGGAAUCCAGUGGCAAAGCCAAAGACCAGGGCUACCAGUGCGAAACCAGUCAUGACACAGGGAUUGUGAGGAGGAGGCUGAGUAUUAUCUGACUGAAUAGUUUUUCUUGUGACCACACUUAUCGUUUUAUACAAUUUAUAACACACUGGAACUUAACAGGGGUGCAUUUAAGUCUACUUAAAGAGUUUCCUGUUUAAAUUGUACCAACUGUCUGCUGGGGCAGGACUGCUUACCAUUAUAUUUAAAAUGUGUCCUUUUGGUAUUGCUGUUGUUUUACUGGGAUAGAUCCAGACUUUAUCUAUAAUAUAUGAUGAAGUUACUCUUACAUGUGAUAUACACUAACGCUGGACACGCUUCUUAAAGUAAGCUCAGUCGCAUACAUUACCAAGCAAGUUAAUGGAUUUGCCUUAAUGCGCAGUAUUCAUUGUGUUAAUCUAAAACUUUUAACUGGUUCAUUCAAACGUUACACAGAAAAAGCACAAUGAAAAUCUUGUGUUUACAUUAAACAACAGACGGGAGUACACCCCUAUUCAAUAUCGCUGAAAUAUCAAAUUAUUCAACCAUGUAUUACCUCUCAAUAAUACCACUAUUCCUAAAUUGAACAGUAGAUUGUUUUCUCAUAGGAGCAGUUAAAACAAAUACUUCACACUGUAUUGACAAUAAAGGCUCUUAAGUGGAAACUCAAUGCAACAAAAACUGAAUACAGAUGCAUUCAAUUACAAACAAGUUUAAAAAAAAAAAACUGUGAUCACUGGAGGUAAACUCAGUGCACCUGUGAUCUGUAAUUAGAUUAAUUGUUUGAACAUGGGGCUGCACAGUGGCGUAGUGGUUAGCACUUUUGCCUUGCAGCAAGAAGAUCCCUGGUUCGCGUCCCGGCUUUCCCGGGAUCUUUCUGCAUGGAGUUUGCAUGUUCUCCCUGUGCAUGCGUGGGUUCUCUCCGGGUACUCCGGCUUCCUCCCACAGUCCAAAAAUAAGCUGAGGUUAAUUGAUUAUUCUAAAUUGCCCGUAGGUGUGAAUGUGAGAGUGAUUGUUUGUCUAUAUAUGUAGCUCUGUGAUAGACUGGUGACCUGUCUAGGGUGUCCCCUGCCUUCACCCGAGUCAGCUGGGAUAGGCUCCAGCACCCCCCGCGACCCUAGUGAGGAUUAAGCGGUGUAUAGAUGAUGGAUGGAUGGAUGGAUGGAUGUUUGAACAUGGUUCUAAAGUUACCUGUCAGCACUGGAUCUUUCUCAAUUUUGGCUCCACAUUGAAUUUGAGUGUCAAACUUCAUAAAGAUGGAAAUUGAUACAGAAACAUCAGUGAUCAACAAAAAAGCAAAGAAAACACAGUUGCAGCAGGAGUCAGGAGGUAUGAGUCACAGUGCCACUGAUCAGAGCUGCUGUGGUCGUCCUCCUAAUAGAACACGGGCUUCAGUGUAAUAUCUUUGCUAUCUAGCUCAGAGCACCGAGGUUAUCAGUGAAAAUGAUAGUUUCUAUUACAGCCCAGACAGUGAGAAGGACAAUGUGGAUAGCUUUCAAGAAAAACACUUGCUUGUUCUUUGGCAUAAAAUAGCAUGAGUAGACUUUGCUAAAAAUAGAAAAAAAAACAAUGAAAAGAGGCCAGAUGAGUAUUGGGAACACAGUCUUUGGUCAAAUGAGAUCAUUAAUAGGGUAAUUAUGUUGUAAACAUAAACUUGCAUAAACCUGGCUAGUGGUCAGGCCAAACACCAUAAUGAAUGCACAGUCCUGACAGUGAAGCACAGAAAUUUGAGUGUGAUAUUGUGGGGCUGCAUGAGUGCAAAAGCUGUUGGGUAGAUGAAAUUUAUAGAUGGUGCAAUGAACAUAUCCAUCCAUCAUCUAUACACCGCUUAGUCCUCUAUCCCAGCUGGCUUAAGGUGAAGGCAGGGGACAUAUAGAGACAAACAAGCACACUCACUCACAUUCACACCUACGGAAAAUUUAGAAUGACCAGUUAACCUCAGCAUGUUUUUGGACAAUCUCCCAUAGCUGAAAAACCCAGAGAAAACCUAUGCGUGUAAAGGGAGAACAUGGAAACUCCAUGCAUGAUAUUGCAGUGGUGUACUACUUUCUGUUGCCUACAUCAUAAAUAUUUUAGCCAGUCCAAAACCAGUGCAAUAACAGACUGCAAGCCAGUCUGCAACAGUUUAACAUUUCCAAAAAUCUGUUUGUUUGUGAUAUUCUUUAGAUAUCUUUAAUACUAUUUGAUUCUGGCAAUGUAAGAAUGUUAAAUUGAUUGUAAAAUUGGACCGAUGUCAUAUUGAAACCAGCUGGUCUAAACUGUAAACCUGAAGGUUUCUGUACUGUGAUGCACAGGAUUAAAAUACAAGAUCUCAGAUACUUAUAUUACAUUUGUAAAUUAUCAGCUAAAAUACAUAUACGCAUACAUGAAUGCAUCAGCUUAAACAAAAUCUAGUUAUACCUGCAUAGUGAGUACUUUUAUGUUCACUUAUUGCAUGUAAGUGUCAACUGAAACUGAAACGUGCAAUUGAAUAUGCAAGUAAAAUUUAUUUUAAUUUGA